AAAUGGAGAACGAUGGCGUGUUAUGUGUUAGUAGGAGCGUAUGGGCGAUUAAACGUGUUUCUGUAUGAAAUACAAAGCCAGAACGUAAAUCUAAUGAAAAAAUAUCUUGCCUAGAAUCACACAAUAGAACAGGAGAACAAUAGCGACGUUCAUCCGUCUGUUCAUUUUUCUGUUUCAUUUAGACCGAUUCAGUGAGAAUUGCAGCGAACCCGCAGUAGACACCAAUGCUAUUUCUGGAGGGUAUUUUGUGAUGCGUUUUUUAAGAUCCCCUGUGAUUUUGAAUGCUUUUAAGACGUGUAACACGUUGUUAGACUCGCGAAAUUGUCUGUGGUUAAACAACAUUUUAAUGAAAGCAACAUCGCUGGACUGGAUAGAUAUUGUUAUCUAGCCAUUUUGACAAUCGAUAUCUGCCCAACCUAACCUAGCUGGAAGGAGUAGCUAGCUGCUUGCUAGCUAUUCUUGUAUCAACAUGGAACGCAUGUGAACGUGCAACACGCGAACCCAGAAACGGCAAGAAAAGGCUGCUGGAGAAAGAAACAAGGAAGCGUUCUGUGAACAUAGCUAGCUCUCUCAAAGCUAAGCGUUAGCAAAUAUUAUUUCUAAUGCGCGACCAAGGAGUAUGCGACUCGUCACUAAGAGUUGACUGCAGAGGGGAUGUCGGGCAGUAAGGCUCUGGGCGGGGGUGCUCGGCGGCGGCGCACCAGAUGCCGACGUUGCCAGGCGUGUAAGCGCACCGAGUGCGGAGAGUGCCACUUCUGCAAGGACAUGAAGAAGUUCGGCGGCCCCGGCAGGAUGAAGCAGUCCUGCUUGCUGCGACAGUGCACGGCGCCCGUUCUACCCCACACGGCGGUGUGUUUUGCAUGCGGGGAGGCGGGGAAGGAGGACACAGUGGACUCUGAGGAGGAGAAGUUCAGCCUCUCCCUCAUGGAGUGCACCAUCUGCAACGAGAUCAUUCACCCCAGCUGCCUCAAGAUGGGAAAGGCAGAAGGCAUCAUAAACGACGAGAUUCCGAACUGCUGGGAGUGUCCCAAGUGCCACAAGGAGGGCAAAACCAGUAAGGACGGUGAUGGCUUGGGCAAGCGGCGUCCAGAUAACGGUGAGGUGGGCCGCUGGAAGCUGACGGACGACCCGCCCCCCAGCAAGAAGAAGCCCCCUCCCCCCCUGGAAGACGGCCCCCGCCAGGACGGACACAAGCGGAAGAAGGAGAAGGAACUGCCGCAGGACAGCGGGCCCAAAAAGAAGAUGAAAGGUGCCAGAGAAAAACACCUUAAAAAGAAGCAGAAGCCUAACUCCGAAGCGUCUGAGACCAACGGCCCCAACUCCUCAUCAGGGGGCGUUGGCAGCGGUGCGGGUGGCAACCAGAGUUCCGGAGGUGGUGGCGGCGGAGGUGGUGGUGGCAGUGGGUCCAACUCCAACACCACAGCAGGGUCCGGGUCGGGCGGCGGCGGCGGUGGCGCUAGUGGCGUUGGCGGUGCGUCGUCGGCGAGCCAGGAUCAACGUUCGCACCAGCGGGAGAAGCUGGAGCGCUUCAAGCGCAUGUGCCAGCUCCUGGAGCGAGCGCCCAGAGACUCCUCUUCCUCCUCCUCCUCCAGCUCCGAGUCCGACUCAGAGUCCGAGUCCGAGUCGCCGUCGGCCUCGGGGGCCGCCUCCGACCCGCCCUCCCCGCCCGUCGCCUACGGCAACAGCAGCGGCAACUCCAGCGCCCGAGAGCGUGAGCGGGAACGAGAGAGGGAACGGGAGAGGGAGAGGGAACGGGAGAGGAACCGGCGUCUGGCAGAGCUGGGCUUCAGUGCCAGUGAGGACUCUGAAGGGGAGGGGCCAGAGGACGAGAAGGACGAGAAACCCGACGAGAGCAGCUUGAUGGCCAGCAGCACGGACAAAUCGGCAGCCACGACUACAACGACGACGACGACGACAGGUCGGCGGCGAGGUGGGGGUGGAGACUCGGGUGGUGGUGGUGGGACACAGAGGGGACGUAAGGCGGUAAAGGAGGAGCCUCUGGACGAACAGGAAGCUGACGCCAUCAGCACCACCACCAGUACGCCAGGUGGCAGGAAAGGCACCCCGCUGCCCCCGCCCUCUCCCCUCUCCUCUAGCCAAUCGCAGCACGGCGGUGGGGGUCCCUCGCCCAAUCAGGACGCUUUCUCCUCCUCUUCCUCCUCGUCCUCCUCCUCGUCUGCCAAGCGCAGCAACGGGCAGGAGACGCGCAACGGGCGCACGCGGGCAGGGGGAGGGGGCCGCGAGACACAGGAGAAGGAGAACGCCAACAGCGGCACGGGCGGACUGACCAACCACCGGCACACGGGCAAGAGCGGCCGCAGCGGCAACAACAAGAUCCGCAACGCCAACCGCCAGAACCAGCAGGGUGGCACCACCACCGGCAGCUCGUCGGGCCGCUCCGGAACCGCCACCGCCACGGCAACCGCCAAUGGCGGAGCGGGAGGAGGGGCGGCCCUGUUGCUAGGGAAUCCCUCGGGCAGCCUGGCGGCGUCGCCGCGGUCGCAGGCGGGUUCGAGGCUGUCGGGCGGGCAGCAGCGGUCGGCGCUGAUGAAGCGCUCCCCUCCGGCCGUGCCCUCGCCGCCGCGGCCCGUGCAGAUGGAGCGGCACCUGGUGCGGCCGCCGCCCACCUGCCCCGAGCCGCACUGCCUGCCCCUGGACGGCGGAGCCUCGCACGUGCUGCCCCGCGACGUCUGGCUGCGCGUCUUCCAGCACCUCAGCCAGAGGGAACUCUGCGUCUGCAUGCGCGUCUGCCGCACGUGGAGCCGAUGGUGCUGUGACAAGCGGUUAUGGACUCAGAUCGACCUGAGCCGGCAGCGUUCCAUCACCCCUCCUAUGCUGAGUGGUAUAAUCCGCCGGCAGCCCGUCUCCCUCAACCUGGGCUAUACCAACAUCUCCAAGAAGCAGCUCAUGUGGCUCAUCAACAGGCUCGAAGGCCUGCUGGAGCUGGACGUGUCGGGGUGCCCGUGGGCAUCGGUGUCGGCGCUGUGCCAGGCCGUGUGCCCGUGUCUACGCCUGCUGGACCUCAGCCACGUGGAGGACCUCAAGGACUCCAACCUGAGGGAGCUGCUCGCCCCGCCCAACGCCGACACGCGCUCAGCUCACAGCAGCAGUCGCUUCCAGAACGUGACGGAGCUUCGGCUGGCGGGGCUGGAGGUGUCGGACGCGUCAUCACGGUUACUGGUGCGCUACCUGCCCCAGCUGGCCAAGCUGGACCUCAGCCAGUGUGGCAACAUCACCGACCAGACCAUACACACACUCACCGUCUCACCGCUCCGGGAGAGCCUCACGCAUCUCAAUCUAGCAGGUUGUGUGAAGGUGACAGAUCAGUGUGUGCCUCUGCUGCGCCGCUGUGCCUCUCUGCAGAGUGCGGACUUGCGCUCCUGCAGUCAGCUGGCCCCCGACACCUGCAGGCUCCUGUCCUUCCCCGCGCCCCCCUCCUCCACGCACCCCAGCAGCCACCCCAGCCACCCGCACGACGACAGAACUCUGCUCAAGAACAGCUAAGGCUUGGCCUGGGUGUCCCCCAAAAAAAUACCAAGCCAACUCCCAUCCGCACAGCAGUUACGGUUCCCCACGCCGCUCCACUCCCGGAGUGUUGCUCUACGACAGCUACGCUUUUCCCCAUGCCAAACCACUCCUGUCUACAGUAUACAAACAGUUACGGUUCCUCGCAGCACUCCCAUCUACAGAGCACUGCUCUAGAAUGGUUCCAAUACAGUUCCGGUUCAUCUCCCCCCUUCCCCAGUCCCCACCCCAUGGCAACAGAACGCUGCUCUAGAACGGCUGAGGUUCCACCCCCGGCCACUCCCAAUUCCAGAACACUGCUCAACAGAACAGCUAAGGUUCCUCUCCUCUCCUUUCCUCUCCUCUCCUUCCUCUAGCUCUGUUGCUACGACAACACUGGUCUAGAACAUUUAAGGCAUCCCCUCAACACCCCCCCCACCUACCCCACAAUUACAGAACCGCUGUUAAAGGCAUCCCAUCGCAACCCUCCCGCCCAGCUGAGGAAUCAGCAUUAUCCUCAUCCUCAUCCUCAUCAGCCUUCUGUAACAAGCCCUACCCCCCCUCUCUUGCUGCUGAAGAACGGCUGUGCACCCCGCCUAGCCCUGGCCAACUACAGGCAACCUGUCCCCAAGCUUACCCUGCCCUCCCCUCCCCUCCCCUCCUCUCCCCCUCCAGACUGGACCACACUACAGCCCUGAAAACCUGAGGGAGCGCGGAAGAGAGGAAUGGUGGGAAUUAAAAAAAAAAAAAAAACGUGUAGAGAUCGGUAGACAAUGGAUAAGUUUAAUAGGAAAAGGAAUAAGAGCAGAGGGAGUAACCGUUGGCAACCAUUGAAGCCCUUCCCCCUUCCCCCCAGCCCUCCCUUGCUGCACACGUCUGAUCAAACCAGUCAGACAUCAAAGCCUGACAGACUUACAAACAAACAAACAUACAUACAUACAGUCGGGAGGCUGAAAUUUAGCAUGUACAUAUUCGGUAUCUGUACAAUUGGGUGUGUGUGCGUGUGUGUGUGUGUGUGUGUAUAUAAAUGUAGUAAACUGUAAAGAGAAAAAAAGAAAAAGUACCAAUAUCCACGGUCUGCUCUCCCUCUCCAUCCUCUUACAAUUAUUUUUUUCCCCCUUUUUUCCGCUUUCCUCUCAUCAAGACCUGAACAGGAUUUCAGUUCCCCAGAAAGACAGGCAGACACCUUUUCUCUCCUCCAUCUUAAAGGUGGGGUUGCAGGUUAACCAUUUUAAGAAAAUGUACUAUUAUGACAUCACGUUGGGGGUUCCGCAGGCUCAUAGGAGUCUAUGUAGAACCUUAGAAUCCUGGGGGAGUUCCCCCAACGUGAUGUCAUACCUGCAACCCCACCUUUAACCUGCCCUGCUCUGCAACCACUCCAUCCCCACCCAUCCAUCCCCCGCCUAGUGACUCUGUGGAUCUGCAGUGUACUGGCUGGUUGGCUGUGGGCCGGCUCUGCAUACUUUUUUGCACUCCAUAGGGGUACAGUUUGGACCACCGAACUGAACCCCCGACUCUCAUCCCACCUUUCAAGAAUACACACUCACUCCCUCUCUUUAUCUCUCUCACACACACACACACACACACACACACACACACACACACACACACAC